GACGUAAAUAUGCUGCGCGGCUUGCGACUUUUGGUGAAGCUCGUCAAAUGCUUUCAUUUGGUGGCUCCUAUUUUCAGCCCAAAUUGUUUUGCUUUAGCUGUUCCUUGAAACUCGUGUCGUACAUAGAUGUUGUUAUUUUUCUCUACACGUUGUCCCCCUGUCCCGCUGAGUUGGACGCAAGAGGAAGGAGUUUUAUCUCCAGUAACCCAGAGAAAUCACCAUGAGUAAGCCAUCGGCGCCUUCCCACGACUACCAACAGCCGAAUCAGGGUCCUCCCAGCUAUAACCAAGCCAUCAGCGAGGGCGCCUCCCCACACCUUCCGCCAGGCCCGGCCAACUACAAGCCGCCGGAGCAGCAGCCGAGUUCGUACGGCGGUUACGGGCCUCCUCCGGGCGCCGCCGGCUACCCCCAGUACGGACAGCAGCCGUACGGUCAGUACGGGCCGCAGCAGCAACAGCAGCAGUAUGGCCAGUACGGGCCGCACCAGCAGCAGCAGCAGUACGGGCAGUACGGGCCGCCGCCAGGCGGAGUGCCGAUGGCGGUGCCGACGGCCACGGUGAUUCAGACGGUGCCGUACACGGGACCGAAUCCGACGCACAUGAUGUGCCCCCACUGCCACGCCGAGAUCGACACCAGCGUGCGCUCCUCUCCGAGCACAACGGCCUGGGUGUCCGGACUGCUCAUCGCUCUGUUCGGCUGCUGGAUGGGCUGCUGCCUGAUUCCAUGCUGCAUGGACGAGUGCAUGGACAAGGAGCACUACUGUCCCAACUGCAAGGCUUUCCUCGGACGGUAUCGCCGGUAGAGGCCGCAUCGCGGAUCAAAAACAACACAACAGUCCGCGCAGGCCUGCCAUCUGGCGGAGUUAACCGGAGGUGCAGCUUCGUCCUUUCGCCGCUAUUGGCGCUGCUGUCGGCAUGACGGCGGGUGUUAGGCCCAGACUGAUGGUGCUUUGUGCUGAAUUUUGGUUUUAGCAAGUGAUUUAAUUUACUGGUUUGCUUUGGGUGUAUAACAUCUGGUUUGACUCUAUAAAUGUCCACUGGGUUUUGUUUGUAUCUGAAGAUCUAUCCAUCGUUUAGUGGAGAAAUUCAAUAUUUCUUUGCGACUGGCUCUUUCUGUGCGUGAUACUGAUCGGAAGAUUACUGAAAGGAUGCAUCGGAGAGCGUUUUCGUGUGUGAAUGCGAGAAGUCUUUGCGUGGUAGCCAAGAGCUGUUUGCAUCUGUUCCGUGCUGUCGGUUUGAGCUCGCUGACAGAAAGUUGUACAUUGUUUUGUUGGGCUGUAUAAUACCUUGUAACCGUUAGACUAUCGUUGUCGUAUCGUGCAAGCAUGACGUCCACGCCUAGCUCUUGCGUACAGUGAAGGCACUGAGCUUACCACGAGAGAGAAUCGUUAUCAUUUUUGCUGCUGUAGUGCGCUAUUUGUAUGAGGCUGGUAGUUUUCGCUUUAUUUUUUGCCCGCCGAUUUGCUAUGCCGUUUUCUCGUGCCUUUAUUGGUAGAAUGAUGUCCGCUACCGUAGCGAAACAUGUCCAUGCGAUACAAUGAGGAUGAGUUCUUGGAAACCAUCUGUAUCCGAGCUAGCUGGGCACUGGGUGGGUGACCGCAUUUAUAAGACCGCCUGUAUUUCACGUAGCUUGCUUGAACUUCGAAACAGCAAACUUGUCACAAUGGGCACCCAGUGAACAGUCUAUGUCGUCCUGCGAUUUAUUGUGGUGCGUCGGAUGGUCAGUUUCCUAUCCAACCAUCUACUCUUUGUAUCUUUGUGACACGGCCUCUGGGGGCGUGGGGCUGUAGCCAGGUGUGUGCCACGAGGUGUGCCUGUCCCCUGUGAAUCGAUCAGCGCCGUAGGUAUAUAGGAGAGCGCUGUGCUGCGACCGACGUGCCCUGCCUGCAAUGUGUUUACGCUCGUUAGCUGUCCUGUGCGGGCGGUGGGCACGAUCUUUGUGGUGCUACCGUGCCGUGGCGCUGAUCUGUGCUGGGCAGCAUGGCUGUAUCGAAAGAUACAAUAAUUUCUGGUAAUACAUGUACACGUAUUCGUAAA